CCGGAAGCAGCGUGCUGACACUGCCAAUAGGAUAUCCUGUCCCGACCAAACAGGAGCAGAGCCGCAGAGCCAGAGAGAAGCAGCGCGACCGCAGCAGAGCAAGCAGCCUUCGCUUCACUUUCCUCGAAGCGUGACGGCGAAUCCUCCUCUCUCCCACGCCGCGCUCCUUCCCCCGAUCGCUUCCGCUCACUUCCAAUCCUCCAACUCGAAUUCCGCUUCACCCAUCACCACUUCCAAUCAUAACUAGGCCGCACGCGAUUUCCCCUAAACCCCCGCGAGAGGCUGGGGGUAGAUGCGAGAGGGAUCGCCUCGCCCUCGCCCUCGCGCCGCGCCCGUGCCCAGGGCGUGAUGGGCAACACGUGCGGCGUCACGCUGAGAUCCAAGUACUUCUCCAGCUUCCGCGGCGGCCCGUCACAGCGCCACGACGCGGCGGGGUACACCCCGGUCGCCACCUCCGCCGCCGCCGACGAGGCCGCGCCGCACAGGAACGGGAAGCGGGCCUCGCGCCCGGGCGAGGCGGCCGCGGCCGCCCCGCCCCCCGCCCCAGGCAUGCGGCGCGGGGCGCCGGCCCCCGCGGAGCUCACGGCCAACGUGCUCGGCCACCCCACCUCGAGCCUCCGCGACCACUACGCGCUCGGCCACAAACUCGGGCAGGGGCAGUUCGGCACCACCUACCUGUGCACGGACCUCGCCACGGGGGUGGACUACGCUUGCAAGUCCAUCGCCAAGCGCAAGCUCAUCACCAGGGAGGACGUCGAGGAUGUGCGCCGCGAGAUCCAGAUCAUGCACCACCUCGCGGGACACCGGAACGUCGUCGCCAUCAAGGGCGCCUACGAGGACCAGCAGUACGUCCACAUCGUCAUGGAGCUUUGCGCGGGCGGCGAGCUGUUCGACCGUAUUAUACAGCGCGGGCAUUACAGCGAGCGAAAGGCGGCGGAGCUCACGCGCAUCAUUGUAGGUGUCGUUGAGGCGUGCCACUCGUUAGGAGUCAUUCACAGGGAUCUCAAGCCCGAGAACUUCUUGCUCGCGAACAAGGAUGAUGAUAUGUCGCUCAAGGCCAUCGACUUCGGCCUCUCGGUGUUCUUCAAGCCUGGUCAAAUUUUUACCGAUGUUGUGGGAAGCCCUUACUAUGUAGCUCCAGAAGUGCUGCGCAAACGCUAUGGACCUGAAGCUGAUGUGUGGACAGCUGGAGUAAUUCUUUACAUACUGCUAAGUGGUGUACCACCAUUUUGGGCAGAGACCCAGCAAGGAAUAUUUGAUGCUGUUUUAAAAGGUUUCAUUGAUUUCGAUUCAGAUCCCUGGCCUUUGAUCUCUGAUAGCGCAAAGGAUCUUAUUAGAAGAAUGUUGAAUCCUCUCCCAGCAGAGCGCCUAACAGCACAUGAAGUUCUAUGUCAUCCAUGGAUUUGUGACCAUGGAGUUGCUCCUGAUCGGCCUCUUGAUCCAGCUGUCCUUUCUCGCAUUAAGCAAUUCUCAGCAAUGAAUAAGUUAAAGAAGAUGGCUUUGCAGGUAAUUGCUGAGAGCCUUUCGGAGGAGGAGAUUGCAGGACUGAAGGAAAUGUUCAAGGCAAUGGACACAGAUAACAGCGGCGCAAUUACAUAUGAUGAGCUGAAAGAAGGAUUGAAAAAAUAUGGUUCCACACUAAAGGAUACUGAAAUUCGUGAUCUUAUGGAGGCAGCGGAUAUAGACAACAGUGGGACCAUUGAUUAUAUAGAAUUCAUUGCUGCUACAUUGCACCUCAAUAAACUAGAGCGGGAGGAACAUCUGGUGGCAGCCUUUUCAUAUUUUGACAAAGAUGGCAGUGGUUACAUUACGGUGGAUGAGCUUCAGCAAGCCUGUAAAGAGCAUAACAUGCCAGCUGCUUUUCUUGAUGACGUCAUUAAAGAAGUUGAUCAGGAUAAUGAUGGCCGCAUCGAUUAUGGGGAAUUUGUUGCCAUGAUGACAAAGGGCAAUAUGGGAAUUGGGAGAAGAACAAUGAGAAACAGCUUGAACAUAAGCAUGAGAGACGCACCUGGUGCACUCUGAAGUCUGAACAUCCAAGAAGUACAGACUGUUGAGAGCUUCUUUCAAUCCCAUCUACGGACUCAGACUGCAAUCUUUGUUUGCUAUCAGUUGUAGCAUUGUAGGCGGGAGUGUGUGUUUCAGGACUUCAGGGUCCUCUAGUUUAACUCCUAUUUUUGCCUCGGGGGGAUGUAUGAAAAAUUGUCAUGCCUUACUUGGGUUGCAAAUGUUAAUACAAGUCGUUGCCUUUCCACUAAUUUGUUAUCUAGAGCUGGUCCGUACCGUAGCACCAAAGUCGCGCUACCUGUAACUGUGGAUAUUCGAUAUCUUGAUAUGAAAAAUUGGAAUUUGCAAGUUGGCUUAUGCUUA